CCUUUCCCUGUCGAAGUGGUUGAAGAAAAAUUUGUUUAAUAUUCAGUAUUUGCAGAGCUCGUUACUGGCAUUAUCUAGUUGUAAUCCUUACAACAAUCCUGUGAGGUUGCAAAAUACAGACUGACGGCACCAUGACUACAACUGUGCUUUGCAGCAUGGUACUUCUGUUGGCCUUUAGACUAGCUUUGACGUUUAGUCACAAUCCUAGGACCCCAGACAGAGUUUCUGAAGCUGAUAUCCAAAGACUUCUACAUGGGGUAAUGGAACAGCUGGGCAUUGCUAGACCCAGAGUUGAAUAUCCAGCGCACCAAGCAAUGAACCUUGUAGGUCCACAGAACAUUGAAGGCGGUGCACAUGAAGGUCUUCAGCAUUUGGGUCCUUAUGGAAAUAUACCAAAUAUUGUAGCUGAGUUGACAGGUGACAACAUACCUAAAGAUUUCAGUGAAGAUCAGGGAUACCCAGAUCCUCCAAAUCCCUGCCCAAUAGGAAAAACAGUUGAUGAUGGAUGCCUUGAAAACACACCAGAUACAGCACAGUUCAGCAAAGAAUACCAACUGCACCAGCACCUUUUUGACCCAGAACAUGACUAUCCCAGCAUGGGAAAAUGGAAUAAGAAUUUACUCUUUGAGAAAAUGAAGGGUGGACCGAAAAGAAAGAAAAGGAGUGUAAAUCCAUACCUUCAAGGACAAAGACUGGACAAUGUUGUAGCAAAGAAGUCUGUUCCACAUUUUUCAGAUGAAGAGAAAGAGACUGCAGAAACUGAAUGAAGCUUCACGGAAAGCUCUAAUACUGCUUCUGUGUGUAUAUAUAUAUAUGUAAUCAGUGAUUCAAAUCCUCAUAGUGGCUGCAUGUUUAUUACUUAUAUAAUGGUUGCUGAAAAGCAGCUGGAUUUAUAAUGUUCUCCUAGAUACAUGAAAACACCAUUGUAUUUUUAUUACGUUAUGACAAUAGGAAGCUCUUUCUUUACUUAAACCUGGAACAAGCUUUUAAAAAUUGAUAAUUUUAAUAACUGGUGUGAAUUAAAUGGCUUUAUGAAGCAGCUUGUAAAAAGGAGGACAAUUUUUUAACAUUUUCC